AUGAAGAAACAACAGAAGUCAGUAGAGCAUGGUUCUUCAGAGGAUGAGGAAGUCGUCAAGAAUGCUCCGAAGGGUGUGACUGCCAAGGCUAAAACGAAGCCGACUCUACCGAAAGGUUGCCCAGUAAUCCGCGAUAUGAUGGAGCACCACCAGAAAGAAGUCGUGAUAAAACCCUCGUUAAAACCUACCGAGUUAGACUCGAGCUCCUCGAGCAAGGAUGAGGCGUCCCCAAAACCCCAAAUAAAUGGAACGACAAAACCUACGAAGAAGUCAGCCGCCUCCUCAGACUCCGACUCAUCCUCCCAGUCCUCAGCGAAAUCGACAACACUCACAAACAAUAACUUCAACUCUUUAGACGAAAAUUCCUCGCAGGGAAAAUCAACAGUAUUAACCCUCAACGACUCUUCUACGAGCUCCUCAGAGGAAGAGAAAAACUCCAAGCCCAUUGGCUCAUCUAGAACAAGACCGCCGGCUGCUAAAGCCUCAGCGAAGAAACUAGAGUCCUCGAGUGACACAUCAGACUCUGAUGAAGACUCCAAGGCGAAAGCUGGCACUAAAACUCAAACAAAACUGCAGGUGAAAUCCCAGAUGGAGAAACAACAGAAGUCAGUAGAGGAUGGUUCUUCAGAGGAUGAGGAAGUCGCCAAGAAUGCUCCGAAGGGUGUGACUGCCAAUGAUAAAACGAAGCCGACUCUACCGAAAGGUCGCCCAGUGAUCCGCGAUGUGAUGGAGCACCACCAGAAAGUAGUCGUGAUAAAACCCCAGUUAAAACCUACCGAGUUAGACUCGAGCUUCUCGAGCAAGCAUAAGGCGUCCCCAAAACCCCAAAUAAACGGAACGACAAAACCUACGAAGAAGUCAGCCGCCUCCUCAGACUCUGACUCAUUCUCCCAAUCCUCAGCGAAAUCGACAGCACUCACAAACAAUAACUCCAAGUCUUCAGACGAAAAUUCCUUGCAGGGAAAAUCAACAGCUUCAGCGAAGGAUACAACCGUAUUAACCCUCAACGACUCUUCUGCGAGCUCUUCAGAGGAAGAGAAAAACUCCAAGCCCAUUGCCUCAUCUACAGCAAGAUCGCCAGCUGCUAAAGUCCCAGCGAAGAAACUAGAGUCUUCGAGUGACACAUCAGACUCUGAUGAAGACUCCAAGGCGAAAGCUGGCACUAAACCUCAAACGAAACUGCAGGUGAAAUCCCAGAUGGAGAAACAACAGAAGUCAGUAGAGGAUGGUUCUUCAGAGGAUGAGGAAGUCGUUAAGAAUGCUCCG